AGGUACUCAGCUAUUCAGCUUCUUGGUUCUUUAGAUCAGAAUGUUCAUUCUUCAUUUAUAUAAGCAUCAAAUCUAACGUGAUGCUCUAAAAUAAAUUCACAAACCUAUUGGAACCAUCAAUUAAGCCACAACUAAUGUAUGAAUACUUUUCCAUUUAUCAAUGCCUUGCCUACAUAGUCUACAAACCUAAGAGAAAUAGAAACAACAAUUAAUUUUCAUGAAUGUAAAGAGAAAAAGCAACUUAAAUGCAGUAAGUCGGUAAAUUUGUUUCAGCAUAAUUUUGUUUGUUAAACUUUGAGUGCUCUAAAUGUACCGUAUAAUAAGACUUUCAAGCAUCUUAAGGUAAAGUAAAGUCAAAUCAAGGCGUGGAAACUAUCUCAAAUAUCAUAUUUAUCUUACAUAUCCCAAAAAUAUUCAAAAUAAUCCCUGAGCAUGCAUGCACGAUAAUAAAGAUAUCCCAACGUAUCCUUAGUUUAUUGGACGUGUAAUUUCAGGAUAUGAUGGGAUAUCUCAAUUCUAAUGCAUUGGGGCUGUUCACUUAUUACGUAACGCGAAAAAAUGACUUUUUAGACCCCCCCCCCGUAACAAAAUUUGUAUGAAAAAAAAAUUUCCUUGUUUGAACCGUAACAAAAUCUUAGACCCCCCUCCCCCCCUAAAAGCGUUACGUAAUAAGUGAAUGGCGCCAUACAGGCUCAGGGAUUAUUUUGAAUAUUUUUGGGAUAUGUGUGAUAAAUAUGAUAUUUGGGAUAGUUUCCACGCCUUGAGUCAAAUAAAAUAUCAACAUACGAAAAAAAAAUCCAAGCUAAUUCAAGGUCGUCAAAUAAGCUGAUUGCAUUUAAUCUUUCGACAAAAGCGGAAGGGUGACAAAAAUGUUUUGCCUACAUUGAGCUUUUUAUGAUUCCAUACAUUUCAUUUGAAAUGUUCUUUUCAUGCUGUUAUCAGCAUUUUUUUUCGUAAAUUUGUUCCUUCUGUUCUUCCUAUGUCAAUUUUUUUUUUGUGGUUGUUCUCAUCGCAGUGACAUUGGAAUCAUAAAAUAUUUAUAAAUACAGAUUGAAUUUUGAUAAAUAUACAUUUUCAUAUUUCCGUGUGUUGUGUGCGGAAGAACAAGUAGAAUUUUGGAAUGAUGAGUCAGAAUGUCUGCUGGAUGGAUAUAGAAUAGUUGAAGAUAAAUUUUGGUUUUUGGUUUUCGUAGAAAUUGAAUCCAAUUUUAACAAGCAUAAAUAACAAAAGCUGAAAAAAAAACUUGUCAAGAAAAACGUCUCCCCCACAAAUGUUUGGCGUUAAAUUCAAGCGGAAAUAAUAUAAGAAGAAACGAUAAAGGCAUUUAUAUCAAUUACAAUCUGCUGUGAAAAGGAAGAAAAAGGAAAUAACAAUUUGAAAGCUUUGAGUCAUGAUGACUGCGCUUCCACAAGCCAAUGAAACUGAUGUGCCGACAACAACCAGUGCCGCUGCUUUAGAUACACAAAAUGGUCACAGAAAAGGUCAUCGGCGACAAGAAUCACAAUAUGAGAUGACAGGGUUAUAUUCUGAAGCGCAAGACGACAGCAGUGCUGAUUUGCCUCAAGACACAGAAUCUGAUUCACUUCCGAGUUCAGUUGCAGCACAAAGUGUAACUGUAUCGACGACCUUAACUAAUCCAGCUGUGACGACGACAUGUAUAACAGCAUCCGCACCUGAAACUGUAAUAAAAUGUCAUAGUCGCCAGCCCUCAGCUAGCUUAAUGGAUCGUGAGAAAACCUUUCACAAUACUGACACGGUAGAUGAGGAAUUAUCACGAGAUUGCGGAAUUUUGUCAUGUAGACCGGCUAGGAUACAGAAGUUGGCAAGAAUAAAGAUUUUUGUAUUACUUCUAUCAAUGCUUGUGACACUACAACAAGCUGUUAGCUCGGGUUACAUUAAUUCAGUGAUAACGACAAUAGAAAAACGAUUCGACAUACCGUCGAGCUUAUCAGGACUGAUUGCGUCAUGUUAUGAGAUAGGAAAUGUGAUAACAGUGAUAUUUGUAAGCUAUUUGGGAAGUAGGAGACAUAUACCAGUGUGGAUUGGAAUCGGAGCGGUGAUAAUGGGAAUUGGCUCGACAUUAUUUUCAAUACCACAUUUUAUUGGUGAUACAAAUCCAAGUAUAAUGCUUGACAAUAAAACGGCAGAUAAUAUUUGUCGUGUGGUGUCUGUACGUGAGCAAGACAUGGGACUAGGAAGAUUUGGUCAUCAUAUCAGCAAGUUAUCAAAUCCAGCACUUGCUCCACAUAAUAAUCUCAGAGAGAACAAUUGUCUGGAGAGUAAACCAUCAACAUUUGGACCCGUAUUGUUUUUUGUUCUCGCACAAGUCUUACUCGGAUGCGGCGGAUCUCCUUUGUUUACUUUAGGAACAACAUAUGUUGAUGAUCAUGUAAAGAAUGAAAGUUCUUCAAUGUACAUCGGUUUCAUGUACAGCAUGGCUGCAUUUGGUCCGGUUUUGGGUUUCUUAUUGGGUGCAUAUCUGUUGUCAUUCCACAUGGAUGCAUUUUCAGGAAAUGUUAUUAAUAUAGAUCCAACAGACAGACGAUUUAUUGGACUAUGGUGGUUUGGCUUUCUGCUCAUCGGCCUACUUUUAAUUAUUGUUGCCAUUCCAUUCUUCUCAUUUCCAAAGGUAUUGACUCACGAGAAAAAGAAGAUUCGUUUAGCAGAGCAAUAUCGUCAGCAAAUAAUAGUUCCAUCACAUAAUUCGAGCAAUAGCUUACCACGUCAGCAGCAGCCGUUACCACAUCAGAAAAAUCCUCAACAGACCAAUCAGUUACAGCAGCAGCAACAACAACAACAACAACAACAGCAGCAACAGCAGAGUUCAGCAACAGCAAAUGGAACAAGCAGUAAUAAUGCCAAGGAUAGUAGUGGAUAUGGCAAGGAUAUAAAAGACAUUCCACUCUCAAUGUGGCGAUUAAUUUCAAAUCCCGUCUAUAUCGUGACAUGCUUGGGUGCAUGCAUGGAAUUGAUGAUUGUGAGUGGCUUUGUGGUGUUCUUACCAAAAUACCUCGAGACACAAUUCAGCUUGGGUAAGAGUCAAGCUAGUGUAUUUACUGGAUCAAUUGCAAUACCCGGAGCAUGUAUUGGAAUUUUCAUUGGUGGAUGUUUCCUCAAAAGAUUUCAAUUGAAGCCCAAAGGCGCUGUUCAAUUUGUUCUCGUCUCAAAUAUCAUAUGUCUUUUUUGCUAUGGAUUGCUGUUCUUCCUUGGUUGUGAUAAUGUUAAAAUGGCUGGUACAACAAUACCUUAUUAUAAUAAUACACCGCAACAUAAUAUGGAGCCAUUUCAAGUCAAUCUCACGGCUGCAUGUAAUUUUGGAUGCGAAUGUAAUAUGAUUGAUGUGGAACCAGUAUGCGGAAACAAUGGACUGACUUACUUUAGUCCCUGCCAUGCAGGAUGUACUUCAUCAUCUUCCUCAAAUUAUUCAGACUGUGCAUGUGUCCAUCAAAAUGUGACUCCAAAGCAGAUUUAUGAAGGAAUCGAUGGUGCACAGGCGCAUGCACUUAAUGCAGACGAUGCUUAUCAGGAGGUGACUGUAGUACCAGUUGCGACAGCUGGUCCUUGCCAUAAACCAUGCAGAACGAUAUUCCCAUUUCUUAUACUUCUCUUCUUUAUGACGUUCAUUGUUGCUGCCACUCAAAUGCCACUGCUUAUGAUUGUCUUACGUUCUGUAUCAGAAGAAGAACGCUCAUUUGCAUUAGGUAUGCAAUUCGUCAUAUUCCGAUUGUUUGGAUAUAUUCCAGCACCAAUAUUAUUCGGUAAUUUAAUCGAUUCCUCAUGCUUAUUAUGGAAAUCGACUUGCGGCGAGACUGGUGGUCGAUGUCUCAUCUAUGAUAUUGAGAAGUUCCGUUUCAAAUAUAUCGGAUUGUGUACAUCAAUCAAAGUUGUUGCACUGACAAUAUUUGCCGUGGAUUGGUGGCUCGUCAGCAAACGAAAGCAUCUUGAAAAGUUACAGACGCUGACGGCAAAUGAUGUUGUCGGUUCGAUCAUCAGUUUAGAUAAAUUGUUUGAAGAGAAAGAAGCGCAAGGUGAAAUGAUUGAUUGUGAGGAUAUAACUUUACGUGUCGUGAUGGCUGCAAGGCAUUUGAGGAAUGAUUCAAAGUCUAUUCAAGUUGAAUUGAAACCCGACGAUAAAGUUUUGAUGAACAAUCGAUUGCCACAUCAGAAGCAUGCUCGAAGCAGUUCAUGCGACGUGAAAAUAACGCGAAGCAAUUCAAGUAACUCAGAUGUUGAUCGAUUGAGGAAGAUGAGAAAUACACAUACGAGAACGAAUUCGCGUGACUAUGAAUAUCUCAAUAAUCAACUUAACAAUCAGAAUAUGAAUACGAAUAUAAGAUAUAUUGUAAAUCACUUAAAGAAGCCAAUGACUAAUCUCAAUAGUAACUUUAAUCUCAAUAAGAAUUUUAAUAAUCGACGUCGUCACAUGAGGAAUCACUCAUAUGGACAAGAAUUCUCAUUUUUACCUAACAAUGCAAUUAUCCGUCUUGAUAAUGAUUUGGCUAAUAAAUUUCUACUGAGUACGAGCGGCAAUAAUAGUCGACAUCACUCGAGAAAAAAUUCUUAUGAUCCGACACAUCAUGUAGAUAUCAAUUUACUUCAUCAAAAAUUAACCAACCAAAAAAUUAAUGAUGACUUACUAUUAAAUGAAGAGGAAUGUGAUGAGGAACAGGGCAGUGCAAAUAAUAUUGUUGGAAAUUCAACCGUUACAGCUAUUGCUGAGGAGGAUACAAUACUGAGACAUAGGAGGACUAAUUCAAAAGAUUUAAAUAUUAAGAUUGAGGAGGAAAAUCAGUUGGAUGAGACGACGAAGGAGCAUAAAGACACCCCAACAACGGAUUUAUGAAUGUUAUGACAUUUAGCCAAAAUUUCACACAGGUAUUUGUGUGUGUUUGUUAAUUAAUUUAAGAGAAUACAAGCUGUAUGGGGUUGUUGACUUAUGAUGUCUAAUAUUUAGGGUCAGCUUAAAGCUAUGAGAUACUUUAGGGGUUGGUUGGUUGCUUUGUUUUAGGAUUAUCUUAGGCUUCAACUCUUGGCCAGCUUUAGAGCAGCUUUUGGCUAUAACUUUAGGGCUUUAACUCCAAUAGUAAUGUUUAUCCUCCUGAAUGCUGACUAAUUAACCCCAGAAGUAAAGGAAUAUGUUCAAACCUUAUUUUUAUAGACGACAUAAGCAAACAUCCUCAUACUAAGGAAUACUUUGUAAAAUAUAAAGAGAAUUUUUUUAAAAAAAAAAGAAUUGACAUAAGAUACAGAAAAAAGUCUAUCAAAAGUUAUUCUAAAUGUGAUGAAAAUUCCUUCUACUCCAAAAACACCUAAAAAGUUAUAAAAAUGAAAUAUAAAUUAGGAAAAGCUCACAGAAUUAUGACGAACGAUAAAGUAGAAAAUGUGCUGUGAAUGUAAAGACGCAAUUGACGUUUUAAUCACACUACAAAAGAAAUACAUAAAAAAAUAUGUUUAAAAAUUUCUAUUUUUUACUUUUAGCAUUUUUCUGAUUAUUAAUUUCGUUAUUAGAAUCUAUAAAUUUGCGUUACGUAUUGUUGAAUUUUAGGAGUGUAUGGAAUCGAGCAUUGCGUUACAAAGUUAUGAUUAUUGCCAUUGAAUAGUUAAUUUUCUUGUAAUUUAGAAUCUUAAGUUCUAGAAUUGUCUGAAUUCGGAUUCAUUAGAAUCGAUUUAAACUUCUUACAAUUGAUAUGAUCAAUUUCUUCGAUUAGCUAUUCAUUAAUCGUAGAAUCUAUUGCAUUAGUAAAAUAUGGAUUAAAAUUGAUUUAUUAGAUAUUACUUUGCUAUGUUGUUAUAGAUCUGCAAAGCAAUUAAAUCUUAAGAGUUGUUAAAACUAGAUUUCAACAUAUUAGUCAAACUAACCCUUCCAUUAGCAUUCCAAAAGUUUCUUAGAAAUUUUUAUAAUUAGUAUUCCAAAUCAUUGAGUAUUAAACUUUGUGACUUUUAUGUUAGCAACUUAAGUUUAAUCAUAUAUUGGCAAUAUUCAUAACUUUGUGAGAAUUAGGAAAUCUAAUUUCAUACAAUCGUAGUUUUAUCUUUAGGACUUUGCAUUGCUUAGAAUUUACUCAAAAAUCUUAUUUUGAAAGAGGAACCAAUAAUUUGGCACUCAUAAAUGAAUCUUAAAAAUUUCCACGAAAAUAUUUUUAAAAAUUUUAAUCUCAAAAGAACGUCUUUGUGAAAAUAUUUUAAAAUGAAAUGGAAAAAAAAUAGAAAAGCUAUAAAAAAAAUUAAAUGUUUAUGAAAGAAAAAAGAAUUAUAUUUUUAUAGAAAUAUGCAACAACAGAACGAUGUUAGUUCCUAUAAGAUGAAGAUAAACAAAAAGAAGAAAGAAAAUACUGAGAAUAAUCUUUAAUCGAAUCUCAAAACAAUGUACUUAUAUGCUACAAAUUCUGCCCCACUCUCAUCUCUAUUUAUUCUUUCAAUAUUCAGUUCCAUUGAAUUCACUGACUGUUAAAUUUUAUGACAAAAUUUUUAAGAAAAUCCAUUUAGAUGAAAUAUUGAAAUAUUUUUGGAGUGGCUUUGUGGAUUGGGAAAUUGAUUACUCAUGGAUAUCUGAACGUUUUUUAAUCUUAUUUCUCAAAUAGAGCUGUAUUAUAGACUUUACCAAAUCUUAUGUAAGUAAGAUCAUUUUUAGAAAUCUCAACUUUUGUCCAAAGAUUUAUACUUCGUAAAAUUUGGACAAGCUUUACACAAAUCGAUAUCAGACUAAACUCCAGAAAGAUCCAUCCUGAAAUUCCAAUAAAUUAAAAAAACUUUUACUUUAUGUUACAAAAUGACGAAUAAUCUCCAAUUUAAAAUCUCAUUUAAACUUUAAAAAUCUCAAAUUUCUAUACUUAAAUAAACUGAACUCAAACCACAAGAUCCUGACAAGAUCCAUAUCCAAAAAAUGAUUUAUUCCCACAAUUUUAAUCAAUUUACAAAUCCACUCAUUCCAUUAUUAAAGAAAUCAUUAAUCAAACCCGACGAAUUUAAAAAUACUGAACGCAAUUAAAACUGAAUAUGAUUACUCUUAAAAUGUACGAAAUAAAUCAUAUGAUUAUUAGUUCGAUAAGUGUAUCUGAAAAAUGGAAUAAAGAUGAUUUACAAUCUGUUUAUAAUGUGAAAGAAAUCGAGUGCAAUUGAAUGAGAAAUGCCUACAAAUUAGUGGUAAACAAAAAAUAAAUAACUUUAUACUGAUGAAAAAAAUAUAAAAAUCUCCCAAAAAAUAUAAAAAUUUAUCAAAUUUGGAAAGAAGAAAAAUCUCUUUUAAGAAUAAAAUGUUGAUAUGUCCAAAAUUCCUGCUGCGGGUAUCAAAGAAGAUUUCAAAAUCAUACAGUUCUAGAGUUUAAAAGACUUAUAUGUAAUAGAAAUGUUAAUUUAAAUAGUUUACAGCAUGAAUUUGAGGAAAUUUUUGAGGGUUUUUUAAGAUGAUUUUAAUUUCUUUAAUAGUAAUCUCAUUUUAUAAGGAUUCUGAACUUCAUAACUAAGUUCUUAAAAGCAAACGAACUUAAAAAACACGGUUUUUGGUUUAACCUACAAAGAACUUAAUUUUCAACGUAUAAAUUUCUUGUUUUAAUUUUUCUUGAUUGAACUUAGUUCAACUUCAAAUUCAUCGAGUUGCUAAAAUUCAAAAGAAAAUCUUCAAAAACCCACAAAAAAUUCUUCAUCAUCUCCCCUUAAAAAGAUAGAUGUAGUUGCUGUUCUUAUAAAGUAAUAAAAAAGAAUCCUUACUCCUUAUUACAAGAACGAAUGAAAAGAUUUUAAAUUAAUAGUAAAAAAUAUAAACCGAAAGAUAAAAGAGAAAAAUUUAUUUAAUGCUGUGCAAAACUAAGUAAGAAAGAUUGUUAAAGUUGAAAGAAAACGAAAGAAAAGGCAACAAAACAUAGACAAUGAAUUAUUUUCUCCUCCAUAUUCUUUCCCUCAAUGAAUUGUAGCUAAGAUGAAUGAAUUAUGUUUUCUUCUUAUCUGUGAAGCAAUAAUAAUAGUGUCUAAAUAGUUUUUGAUGAAAUUAUUAUUAAUUGUUUUGAAUUAGACAAAGAAAAAAGAUGAAGAAUUGUACUUACUCGUGUAUAUUUUAUGAUUAUGUGAAAAAGUUUCAAAGCUUUUUGAAGAAAAUUGAAAUUUUUUGAUGAAUUUUAAAUAAAAUUUUGAUUUAGAUUUAGAAAUUCGAAUGUGCAUUUUUGAUCGUUCCUUAAAGUUGUCUGCAUCUGUCUUUAAUCUGAUCAACUUUAGGAGAGAUGCUGAAAACUUUGAUCGAUCCUGCAGUAGACAGUGUUUCCUAAUCUGAAUUUAAUUGCUAAUUUCAA